GAGGGUGGGGAAGGGUGCCCCUGCUUUGUGGAGAGCCCAUGCCCCCAGGGCCACAGCAUGAGGGGCACAAACCCCAGGGCCGGGCCAGGAAGGGCGUGCCUCCUGGGGGUGUCGGCUCCUCGGGGCAGGCGCCUCUGCCAAGGACCAGGUCUGUCUACCAGAACCGAUGCUUCAAAGGGAAGCCUCCUGACACCCGUGGGGACCCCGGGCCCCGUGGACAGCCCGCCCCCGCCCAGGAGGUGCCAGCCCGGCAGACAAUGUGCACGAGGGCCUUCCGCUCACCGCGCCGCAGGGCUUCCCGCCGGUCUGUGUACCGGAUCAGGCGGCACGCAAGCCAGACAGACAGUCCCUACAAGGAAGGCCUCACCAAGGACAGACAGAAUGCAGACACUACCCUGGCCCUGAGGGGCACCAGGCCCCACAGUCACCAUGGAAACAAGAGUCAGCCACACGGGGGACCCCAAGCCCAAGACCCCAGGAAGCACGCUGCCCCCUACAGGGUGGGCCUGACCCCGGGCCAGCCACGGGGGCCAAGGCCUCGGGCCGCACGGUCCCGGAAGGGGCUGCGGACAGUGUCUUCUCGGCGGUGCCCCCACCUCACCGUCCCCGCACCCGCAGCCCACAGCCACACCCGCUGCAGCCACGGCCGAGGACACCGGGCACUGUCCCCUCCGACCCAGGUCAGCACCACGAGAGGCAAGCCGUCAAGGAUCAGAGGGGUCUGGCGGAGCCGCCCCCGGGACCCAGGCUGGACCCAUGAGAGACCAAUGGGGAGCAGCCGUGUGGACGGGGCCCUGAGUCCGCUGAGCCAGCUGGACCAGGAUGCAGACACUCUGGAGGACACGGGCGCUGCCAAGCCCCGGGCCACCCUCCUGGAGAGGCACCUGCCGGGGGCGGAGGAGCAGCCGCCCGGCACGGGGAGUGGCCCCUUCUUCUACAUCGGAGGCACCAACGGGGUCGCCAUAAUCAGCUCCUACUGCAAGAGCAAGGGCUGGCAGCGCAUCCAGGACGGCCGGCGGGAGGACUACAAGCUCAAGUGGUGUGAGGUCAAGUGUCGAGACAGCUACCUCAGCUUCCGGGAAGGUAGCUGGAGGGGCGGGGCUCGGGGCCUAGAGCAAGCCUGGGAGAGGGGCUGCCCCCUCCGGCCGGGAGCCCGUGGCGGCCUGGGCAGCCGAGGCCCUGCAGCCGUCCCCCGCGUGCUGCCCAGGGCUUUGUCGUGCCAGGCGAGCAGCUGCUGUACCAGCUCCCCAACAACAAACUGCUCACCACCAAGAUCGGGCUUCUCAACGCCCUCAGGGAGUACGCCCGGGUCAUCAGCAGGGUCAGCCGGACAUCGUCGUGCCCGCAGGCCAAAUCUGGAAGGGACCCCACACGCGCUCUGGAGGAGCUCCCAUGGACCAGCCCAGGACGCCUCGAGUCACAGAGAGACCUACCGUCUGGACAUCAGGGAUGAGAGAGAGACAUUCUUCGGCCUCUUUGAUGAAACCCAGACCUGGAUCUGCAAGCCCACCGCCUCCAACCAGGGCAAGGGUAUCUUCCUGCUCAGGAGCCAGCCCGACCUCGCCACGCUGCAGGCCAAGGUCCAGAGCCUGGAGGACGACCCCGUCUACCGCAGGAUGCCCUUCCGGACGCCUCAGGCCCGGGUCGUGCAGAGGUACAUCGAGAACCCGCUGCUGCUGGACGGGAAGAAGUUCGACGUGCGCUCCUACCUGCUGAUCGCCUGCGCCAUGCCCUACAUGGUCUUCUUCGGCCACGGCUACGCGCGCCUCACCCUCCGCCUCUACGACCCCCACUCCCAAGACCUCAGUGGCCACCUGACCAACCAGUUCAUGCAGAAGAAGAGCCCCCUGUACAUGCUCCUGAAGGAGGACACGGUGUGGAGCAUGGAGCAGCUCAACCGGUACAUCAACGACAAGUUCAGCAAGACCAGGGGCCUCCCCCGCGACUGGGUCUUCACCACCUUCACGAAGCAGAUGCAGCAGAUCAUGGCCCACUGCUUCCUGGCCGUCAAGUCCAAGCUCGAGUGCAAGCUGGGCUACUUCGACCUCAUUGGCUGCGACUUCCUGAUCGACGACAACUUCAAGGUGUGGCUGCUAGAGAUGAACUCCAACCCCGCCCUGCACACCAACUGUGAGGUCCUGAAGGAGGUGAUUCCUCGCGUGGUCAUGGAGACCCUGGACCUGGCGCUGGAGACCUUCCAGAAGAGCCUGUGCAGCCAGCGGAUGCUGCCCCUGCUCUCGCAGCGCCGCUUCGUGCUCCUGCACAACGGGGAGACGGACGUCUGGCCGCGCCUGGGGCUCCCCCGCCACCUCCCGCGCCAGCCGACCACCAGCGGGGCCGCAUCCCCCGCGUCCCUGCUCCGCGCCGCAGACCGGCCGGGCGCGCGCAGGCCGGGGGCGCCGCACUCCGCGCAGGAGCGCGCCCGGACCCACGCCCUCGGCCCCGACAGCGCACAGGGCGGGGAGCCCGAGGCCGGGGACACCGAGCCGCCGCGAGGCGACAGCGGGGACCCCUCGCCGGAGCCCUCCCCGCAGCCGCGAGCCGAUAGCGGGGACCCCUCGCGGGAGCCCUCCCCGCAGCCGCGAGCCGGCAGCGGGGACCCGUCGCGGGAGCCCUCCCCGGCGCCGGCGGAGGAGGACGGGGAGGACCGCAAGCCCGAGGACCACCGCGGCUCCUAGCAGCGCCCUGAGGACCCAUAAAGGCUACUUUGUUAACA